UUACCUCUGCGUGGACUGCAGUGAAUCCGUGUGCUUCACCUGCAGCAGGGGCACACAUGCCACGCACAAAGUAGAGAUGACAGACGACCUGCUUCAGGAUAACGAGAACGUUGAUGGCGUCUGGGCGAAAAUACGGUCCACGUUGCAGAAAAAACUCGAUAGCGUUAGUUCGGUCGUCACGUUAUCUGAUGGUUUAUCGGGCUUUAUUGAUGACAUCAUCAAACUGAAGCCUGAUUUUGAUGGCUGGAGGGAUCUGCUGUUGGCCCAGAAAGUGUCCACUGAGCAGGACCUCAAGGCUUGGAAUGCCUCGGUCACCAGACUGGAUGGCAUCAAGAGACUCGAUUGCAAGGAAAUUCUCUGCCGUCUGAAAUUGAACUUUGGAGAAAAUGGAAAGCUACCUGAAAUCAAGGCAUUACUGGAUGCUGCCGCUAAAACAAGUGUUUCGUUAGAAUUAAAGACGUGUGAUGUCAUGCCGAUUGGCAAACCUUGGAUCAUCUCCAGCAGUGAUGAAGGAGAACGAGCCCUUGCAAGCCUGGCCAACAACAUCAAGCCCAGUCGCCUCGUGGUGCUGUCCACCCACACCCGCCCCAUCCCGGGGCUGGGGGAGCUGCUGUCCAGCCUCGCCGCCCACCACACCGGCGACAUCAGCCUGCUGCCCCUGGACUUCUUCUGGAGGCCGGCAGGAGAGGCGGAGGGAGGCAUGGGAACUAUCGUUCAUAAUUUACGUGGACGGCUGACUGCCUUGUACUGCUCCCCCUACAUAGUCCAACUGGAUCUUUACCACUCCACCAUCAAGAAAUACAACAUUCAUCUCGACUGCCCAUCCGAUGUACUGUGGUUUGCUAAAUUGCCUAGACGUACUAUCACAAAUGUAUGCUGCGCCAAGGGCGUCCCGAACAACGUUGGCACUACCUUAAAGGAUAGCGGUGUUGAGGUCACCCGCUGGCACUUUCCCGACCUCAAAGAUCAGGACGUGGACUGGUUGUCAUACAUCCUGUCAUCAUAUUCCGACAACCGCCAUCAAAGUGUGGAGCUUGUCCUGCCAAGGGAUCAUCUCUCUGCCGUAGGCGCUCGUCAGCUGUUUCAGAAGAUACCAAAUAUUCGGGUGUUGUACCACGAGCCUAACGCCUCGCAACUCACGGCAACUUGUAGGGAUGUUCACGCUGCUGCGGAUUGCAUCGAGUUGUCAACCACCAACAUUCUUCAAUGGAUAUAAUACCUUCAUCAGAAGUUUGGGUCAGACUAGAAGACAUAAUCAACCACAACUGGAAAUUUUCAUUUUAUAUUUAGAUUUUAAUUCACAUGAGGUUUCUAAGAUAAUAAAUAUCCUUUGAGAGCGAAUAGUUCUCAUAGGAUAUAUAGUUACGGCGUAGAGGCCUUCAUUAAUAAGCAUUUGUAUUUUCACAGCAUUAGUUCCGGCAGAUAAUUAGUAAGCUUUUUUCUGAACAAAUUGCAUGCAGAUUCAUGCAAUCAUUUUUUACAUUUUUCAUAGCAUUUGUUUUAAACAUUGAGCAGAA